AUGAAUAUUAAAAUUGAUACAGAUAAACCAGUUACGUUGUCGAUUAAUACGACUAAUGAACAUCAUCAUUUACACACGACAUCAACACCAACAUCUAUUUAUCAUCCUCGAAAUCCUUCAACUACUGGUCCAAUGAAUGUUAAUAAUACAAAUCCAGGUCAUUUUCAUCCUCAUGCACAUUUAUAUAAUACCACAAGUGGUUAUAAUUAUUCAUCAGCACCACCACAAGCACCACCAUCAUCAACUAGUUAUUAUUCAAUGCCACCAAAUAAUCUUUAUAAUGAUCCAUAUUCUCAAUGUUCAAACUAUUUUAAAGCAGCAGCAGCUGCUGCUGCUGCAUCAUCAUCAUCAUCAUCGGAUCUUUCAAAAAUCAAUAAUAAUCAUUCAAAUCGACUUUCAUAUCCUAUGGAUCAUUCUCAUUCAGCAAAUAUGCAUUAUAUACCAUCAUCAACAGGUUUAUCAUCUCAAAUAGAUAUUAAAUCUGAACAUUCAUUACCAAUAAAAAAUAAUACUUCAUUAACAAUGUCAGGUGGAGAUGAUUCAAAUGAAAGUCAUCCAACAGGUACUGAAGAUGAUAAUGACGAUGAUGAUGAUAUGGAUUUAAAAACGCCAGAAAAAGAAGAAUCAAAUAGUACAUCAACUAAUGCACCAAGAAAAUCGAAUCGUCGAGCAGAAAAACCACCAUAUUCUUAUAUUGCUUUGAUUGUCAUGGCUAUUAAUAGUACACCAACAAAAAAGAUGACACUUUCAGAAAUCUAUUCAUUUUUACAACAAAGUUUUCCAUUUUUUCGUUCAACUUAUAUGGGAUGGAAAAAUUCUGUUAGACAUAAUUUAAGUCUUAAUGAAUGUUUUAUUAAAUUACCAAAAGCAAUGGGUCGAGCUGGUAAAGGACAUUAUUGGACGAUUGCACCUGAUUCAGAUUGUAUGUUUGAUGAUAAUUGUAUGCGUCGAAGACCUAGAGGAUUUCGAAGAAAAUUAGGAAAACAACCAGGAUAUCCAAGUCUUUUAGGUCAAUUAGAUUCAACAGUUACAACAAAUCCUAAUGGUAUGGCAACAUCAUCAUCAUCAUCGUCAACAAUGGAUCCAAGUACAAUUAAUUCGUACAAUCCAAAUCCAUCAUCAUCAUCUCCUUCAACUUCAACUGGUAUUGGAGCUGCAAAUUAUUUUGAUCUUAGUAAUUAUGCUGCGUCAUCAUCAUCAACAGCAGCAGCAGUCAGCGGACAUCAUUCGUCAGAUCUCUAUGCAGCUGCAGCUCUCAUGGCCUCAUAUUCUUCUACUUAUCCUCAUCGUUCUCAUUUUACAACAAAUAAUUCAUCUUGUUCGUCAUCAUCAUCAUCAACAACAACUACAAAUGCUUUAACGACAAAUGCAAGAGUUACAGAUGAGACUGAUUCAGGAACACAUGUACAUUUUACAAAUAGCGUACACUAUGCACCAGGUCCAUCUCAAUCAGCUUAUUUUUCUUAUGGAAAUCCACCAACUCAUCCAUCACCAAGUUCAACAUUUGAUCCACAUAAUCAUUUUUAUACAAAUCCAUUUGCUGGAUUUCUUGAUCAAAAGCAUUCACUUUUGCCGGCAACAUUGUCCUGCUAUGAUCAUCAUCCAUCGUCAUCAAACUAUUAA